UACUAAAUCGGAUUACGAUACUUUUAUUUUAUUUCAGGACGUUAAACAACAGUAGAGAUUGCGUCCGACAUGGAUGUGGAUCACAAUGAACCUAGUGGCGAGACCAAAUCGGCCAUGCAUACUUGGCGUUAUCGCCACCAUUUCACGUACAAGGCAGAUCAAGGAAAAAAUAUCAUCGUCCAGUGUAAUCUGUGUCUGCCGAGGGUUAAUCUGCUAUCCACGUCGAAGACCUCAACAUCAAACCUAAAGAAGCACUUAGACAGAACACAUUUGGGCUGUGAUGCCAGGCCUGAUGCCAAGAGGGGACGGAGGAGGGAAGAACACAAUGGCGAGGAGAGCAGGCACUGCCAACUCAAAAAGCUAAAAGCGGAAAUCAUCUCCAAAUGCAUGUCCCAAAACAAGAUAGACGAGCAUGUCUUCAACUUCAUCGUGGAGGAUUGCCAUUCAUUUUAUGUGCUGGAGCAGCCUGGGUUCAAGAAGCUGAUUGCGGGCUUGACUGAAGGGUUAAAGUCCAUGGACAGGGUGACCUUGUUUACAAAGGUGGACCAGGGUUUUUCCAGGAUGCGGGAGGAGCUGAUGACAAAACUCAGUAAUGUCCAGUAUGUGUGCACCACAGCUGACAUCUGGACAGCCAGCAACAGAAGCUUCUUCGGGAUGACCUGUCACUGGAUUGACACAGAUUCUUUGGAGAGGAAAUCUGCUGCUCUGGGUUUUGUGAGGCUACAGGGCAGGCUCACGUAUGACACCAUUGCAGGGAAAAUACAUGACAUCCAUGUGACGUUCAAUAUCGAAAGUAAAGUUCAGACCACCGUGGCGGACAACGGCAGCCCCUUUGUCAGCGUGUUCAAGGAGUUUGUGUUGGACAGCCAGGACACCGACGAUGACAUCGGCUUCUACGAGAAUGUGAGCACCAUCCUCGAGGGUGAGCCGGAACAGGACAUGCUCUUGUUUCUUCCCACUGUGCAACGCUGUGCAUCACACACCCUGGAGCAGAUUGUCUCCGAAGACUUUUGGCAAGCUGUGUCGCAGGGGCCCAUGUGUCAGCUGCAUUACAGUACAAUGGCUAAGGUGUACGCGAUAUGGAGCAAAUGCCACCAUCUCCAAGUUGGUAUGGAUGCAGCCGAGGAGAUAGGAAAGAUGGCGCUCGUCGUCCCUGCCGUCAUACGCUGGAAUGUGGAGUUCUGUGCCGUGCAGAAGAUCGUCUCUCUCAGUGAGCGGGAGCUGACCGAGCUGUGUGCCCGUCUGGAGGUCCCACGUCUGCAACCAGAGGAGAUGGCCUUCCUCAAAGAAUACGCGACUGUAUUCCACCCACUCGCUUUUGCACUUGAACUUUUCCAAGCGGAGCAGAAAUGUUACCUGGGUCUGGUCAUCCCAACUGUACUAAGUCUGAAGAACAAGCUAAACGAGCAGAAAGAGGCCGCAAACUACUUCGGCGAUGUCAUCACUGCCAUUGUUAUGGCUAUUGAUGUACGGUUCCAGGAGCUGUUCGCCAGCACAGAAGCAAAGUUUGCAACAGCGACAACUCCUCAGUUUCGCUUGUGGUGGAUGCCUGCUUCUGAGAGAGAGGAGAUGUGCGCCCUGCUGGCUACAGAGGCGUCCCAGGUGGAUCCCUGCAACAUAACCGAGGCAAACACCAGCCAGUGCAAUGUGUCAACCAUUAAAUCUGAAGAUGACUUCUUCAGUUACGGGCCCGUGAGGCCGGCCACUCAGAUCCAGCAGCGGGGAGCGAUGGAGGAGGUCCGCAAGUACAUUGAAGGGCCAGGGAAGAGCCUAGAGUGCCUUCAGGACUUCCCCAGAGUGAAGCAGCUUUUCCUAAAAUACAACACCACUCUGCCCUCCACCGCCCCCGUCCAGCGCCUCUUCAGUCAAAAAGGCAACUUGGUCACCUCACAGAGAAACUUUCUGACUGAUGACUACUUUGAGCGCAUUCAGCUAUUAAGAUACAAUAGCAGCAUUUGCGCUUUGGCCCCUGUUUGAACACAUUACCAGUCUCUCUCUCUCUCUCUCUCUCUCUCUCUCUCU